ACCCAUUUGACAAAUCUUAUCAGCGGCACAAUAACUAUGGAGCUGACAUGGGAAGUGGUUUUCUGCCUGGGCAUUGCGCUAUUAAUCCACAUACUGAUAUUCAUAUUCGUCAUGGCUAAGAGACCAAAGAGCAUUGUCGGUCGUCACGUGGUAAUUACCGGAGGAUCCAAGGGCAUCGGCCUAUGUCUCGCCGUCGAAUGCGCCAUGAAAGGUGCAAAUGUCACAGUAAUUGCCCGCGACGAGAAAAUGCUGCGUGGCGCUAUUGCACUAUUGGAGGUCAUCCGCCAGAGACCGGAACAGAAAUUCCAACAUCGCAGCCUGGACAUUGGCAGCGACUAUGAUCAGGUGGCGCGUGUCCUUGGUGAACUGGAGGAGAGCGUCGGCGAUAUCUAUGCGAUGAUCAAUUGUGCUGGCAUGGCCAUCUGUGGACUGUUCGAGGAAGUCGCCGUUGAGGAUGUGCACAAGCUGAUGAACGUGAACUUCUUUGGCAGUUACAAUUGCACUCGCUAUGUGCUGCCCAAGAUGAAGAAGGCCGGCGAGGGCAUCAUUGUGUUGACCUCUUCCCAGGCGGCCAUUUUUGGCAUUUAUGGCUACGGCCCAUACGCAGCCAGCAAAUACGCCCUGCGUGCCAUGGCCGAAACGAUUGCGAUGGAGUCGCGAUCCCAUGGAGUCUCUGUCACAUUGGCGCUCCCCUGCGACACAAAUACGACCGGAUUCGAAGAAGAGGAGAAGUCGAAGCCGCGGGAAACGAAAAUCAUUUCAGGUGGUGGCGGUCUCAUAGAGCCGGAGGUUAUUGCCAAGGCAAUACUUAAGGAUGCGCUGAAAGGCAAUUUUAUAUCGAUUGUGGGUGCACAGAGCUGGCUGAUUACCAUGCUGGGUGGUGCUCUGAUGCCCUGGGAUGGUUUCUUUACGAAUCUGUUGCAUGCCACAAUCAUUGGACCAGUUCGUCUUUUGGGAUAUGGACUGCACAAGCAUUUCAAUGGAAUCAUACGCAAAUGUGCUCGAGAGGAUCGUGCUCUCAAGGCAUCGAAAUCUGAUGAUAUUAAAGUGGAGCAGUAGCAAUAAUGACAUCCAUGAUCUGCUGCUCUGGACGUAUCCAAUUUGUGCCCUAAACUGAGGCCUUUGCAUACUUAUUGACUUGCAUUUAGUAUUCAUUGUAAGUAGCAAAAUUCAAUUGCUAUUAAUGUUAUCAUCUAUUCCGAAAAUGUAAACCAAAUUUAUAUUGCUUGUAUUACGUUUAUUUCAUUUCCAUUUAAUUGUUAUAUAAAUGUUUAACUUUAUAUUUUUUAUAUGCACAAUAAAUGUAUUGUCUGCUUUGUGA